CUCACACAGGUUUGUGAGUUGAAAGCCAGUAGCAUCGGUGGAGGAGGACGAGUGUCUGUGUCAGAGAGGAACGUGUGUAGCCUAGGGUAACAAUUUAGAGGGCUUCAAGGAGCAGAGCCCCAUUGGAAACCACAAGAGUGUGCCUUCUGACGAGCAUAGAUCAUGUCCCGUAAGUACUUCUACUUCGACUACGACUACUAUGGGAUGAGCUUCUGUGAGGAAGAAAUCACGACUGAACCCGAGGAAAAGGUGGCCUACACAUCAAACAGUGGCGGCUUCGCCGAUGAAGUAACAGGCAUCCCGAAAGAGGGCCACCAGAGCUCUAUAGGCGAGCAUAGCUGUGUCAUGCCUAACACUCAGGACACUGGGCGAGAAGAGCCAGAGGAGACCAGUAAGGUGGCCGAGACCAGUGAGCAGUCGUUAUUCAGGAUUCCUCGGAAAGCAUACAGAUUUACACCUGGACAGCUGUGGGAACUGCAAGCAGUGUUCGUAGAAAAUCAGUAUCCAGAUGCCCUCAAAAGAAAAGAGCUGGCAGGGCUCCUGAAUGUGGAUGAACAGAAAAUAAAGGAUUGGUUCAACAAUAAGAGAGCUAAAUAUAGGAAGAUUCAGAGGGAAAUACUGGGGGGCAAGAACAUCACUCCUACCCAGGAAGAACUUCGCAUGAAGACUUUGGUGGAAUCCAAGAAAAUCAUCAUUUUCCAGGAGCAAGAGGGGGAUGGGCUUUUCUGGGAACACCAGAACAUUGACACCCAAAACAGCCCUCUCUCUCUUCUCUUCAGUUAGCAAUAAAGUACAGGAUUUUCCA